ACCAAUGAAAUGAAGAACAGAUCACAGGAGGUAGUGUUCAUUUUGCUGGGACUGACAGAUGAUCCUCAGCUACAAAUUGUGGUUUUCCUGUUUCUAUUUUUGAAUUACAUCCUGAGCCUGAUGGGGAACUUUGUCAUCAUCCUGCUCACACUGCUGGACCCCCGCCUCAAGACUCCCAUGUACUUCUUCCUUCGAAAUUUUGCCUUCUUAGAAGUUUGUUUUACAACAGUCUGCAUCCCACGGUUCUUGACCAGCAUUCUCACUGGAGACAAAAGAAUUUCCUACUCUGCUUGUGCAGCUCAGCUAUUCUUGUUUUUUCUAAUAGGAGUUAUCCAGUUUUACCUCCUGGCAGUCAUGUCCUAUGACCGCUACGUGGCCAUCUGCAAACCCUUGCAUUACCCGGUCAUCAUGAGCUCCAAAGUGUGCUACCAGCUGGUGCUCGGCACCUGGGGUAUUGGAUUCAUGAACAUAAUUCCACCCAUCAUAUUUGGACUCCAGUUGGAUUUCUGUGCGUCCACAAAGAUUGAUCACUUCUUCUGUGAUGCCUCUCCUGUCCUGCAGCUCUCUUGCACAGAUACAAGGUUAAUAGAACUGUUAGCCUUUGUCUUUUGUCUGAUGACACUUUUCAUCACAUUGUUUUUUGUGAUUCUCUCUUACACAUUCAUCAUCAGGACCAUCCUCAAGUUUCCUUCUGUCCAACAGCGGAAAAAGGCCUUUUCAACCUGCUCCUCACAUAUGGUUGUUGUCUCUAUUACUUAUGGGAGUUGUAUCUUUAUCUAUAUAAAAACUUCAGCAAAGGAAAGGGUGACUUUCACAAAAGGAGUAGCUCUGCUGUAUACCUCUGUGGCCCCUUUAUUGAACCCUUUCAUUUAUAGUCUAAGAAACCAGCAGGUAAAAGAAGCUUUCAAGUAUGUGCUUCAAAAGUUUUAUUCUUUUCAAAACAAUGAGUCAAAAUUUAGACUUAACUAA